AUGUCUGACACAGGUGAUAAUCAGGUUGCAGCGAUUGACUGCACUGACAGCGAUGAGUCGUUGACCUUGAUGACAUCGUCUUUGCCUGCCGUCAGCUUUGUCCAGGAGACCCCCGGCGAUCUGUUCGAUGCCCCCAAUGGCGCUGCUCUAAUCCAUGCGUGCAACUGCCAGGGUGCCUGGGGUGCAGGCAUUGCCCGUGCAUUUCGUGAGCGGUAUCCCGCCGCCUACGAGAUCUAUCGUAACCACUGUCUCGGUUAUCGUGGUCACCCAGUCACCAACACCAUCACCGACCUACGCGACGAGGACCCGCAGCCCUCUCUCGUUGUCAGCCGUCCCCUCGGUACCGCAGUCAUGAUUCCACCACAACAGAGUGACUUCCUCCUACAUCGCCGUCGCCAUUGGAUAAUCUGCCUCUUUACCUCGGAGUAUUAUGGCAGCCGCGUGGAUUCGGAGGACAUGAUCGUCAACAGCACUUUUGCUGCCCUACAGGACCUGAGUGGACAGCUACAAGUUCUUUCCCAGCAGGCUUUAGAAACCGGUAAUGAGCGACCCCAGAGACUUUACUCCAGCCGCUUCUGCACCGGCUUAUUCAAUGUCCCCUGGGAACGCAUUUGUAAAUUGAUCGACACGGUCGGUCUUCAUGUCAAUGUGUACCACCCCUUUGAGGCUAGCAACCGCCGCGCUCGCCCCGUUCGCAUGGCGCAUCCCAGCGAGAUUGGCCAGGAUUAA